GCUGAGCACAGGAACUUAACCACUAUGCCACCGGGCUGGCCCCUUAACAAGUUUUAAUUGAGGAUUGACUGCUGUCUUAGUCCGUUCGGGCUGCUAUAACAAAAUAGCAUAAACUGGGUGGCUUGUAAACAACAGAAAUUUUUUGGCAAGCUGGAGAGUCCAAGAUCAUGGUGGUAGCAGAUUUUAUGUCUUGUGAGGUCGGCUUCCUCGUUGGCUGUCUUUUCGCUCACAUGGUGGAAGGGGCAAGGGAGCUCUCUUAGGCCUCUUUUGAAGGGCACUAAUCCCAUCAGGAGGGGUCCACCCUCAUGACCUGAUCACUUCCCAAGGGCCCACCUCCAAAUGCCCUCAGUGUUGGACAUUGAAAUUCACCAUAUAAUUUUGUGGGGGACAUAAGCAUUCAGUUCAUAGCAACUCUAUAUGGUGGACACUGUUGCCAAUGACCAGUAUAUGUUCUAAAUUUGAUUUCUUUUGUUGAAAAUCAAGACAGUAUUUCAAUCUGUUUGAAUUUCACCAGAUGCACUCUCUUUAUUAAAGGCUAUAAACAAUGAAAACGCUCUUUCUUAAAAAUUGCCUUCAGGAGGCAAAACGGUCACAUAAAUCAUGAGUAUGCUAAUUUAUCUAGGUAUUCCCAACUUCACUUUGCAAAGGCUAAUGGCAUGUAUUAAAUUAAGCUUGGAGUUCCUUACAAUUGAAAGAGAAUAGUCAUAUCUUGUAAUUCAUUCCUUCUUUCAUUCAACAUACUUUUAUGGAGCACCGGCUAUGUCCCAGAAACCGUGUGGCUCUCUGGAGAAUUAACAAUAAAUGGAACACAUCCUUUAUCCUAAAGACACAAUCAAAUGGUAUCCCAUUUUGCUGAGGUAAUCCAAAGGAGUUAUGAAGAAGUUAUUUUUCUCCCAACCUAAUAAAAGAGAGGAAUUCGAUGCAUGAUAUGAUAAUGAUCAAACACAAUUUUGUGAGUUUGUAAUUUCUUGCUAGUUUGUUGUAGAAUAUGAGAGAAGUAAGCUCACUGAAAUGCUCAGAUAGUCAUGUCCUUCUCCUGCCCUUUUCACCUCAGAUGUCUUACUUUUUGGAAUUGAUUGGGUGCUGACAAGAAAGAUACCAGUUUGGGUAACCCAUAGAGGAUAGACAGCUUCUGAUGUAAGAUAUUAACACGAGGUGUGCUAGCUAUGCUGAGUGUUAUUAAUCUUAUUUAAAAUGAACGUAAGCAAGCGUUGACUGCCAUUGUUCAGUUGAGAGAAGGUAAGUCCCAGAGAAGAUGGUGAGCUGGGAGAUGGGGCCUUUUCUGAUCCAGAAAACAAGAAAUACAUGUUUAUCUUUUCAAAGCCAUAAAAGUUUGUGCCUUGAUGAAACCUUUCAUUCUCUCUUAAAGAACCUUUAAUAUUAUUUCACUUAUUUUGUGGUGAAUAAACCUGCAUCCUUUGCAUGUUUGCAGAUAGUGGCUAUGUGGUUAAAGUACAGGAAAUAAAGAAUAGGGGGGUCACCUGGAAAGUUCUUUCUCUCCUUUCAUCCACAUGCAGAACGAGGGAGCUGGAUGGAGAUGGAUGUGGCCGGUCAAAACAGCUCCAUUCAAGAAACCAGGAGAAAAAGGAAACAUUAAACUCUAGAGCUUCUGGAUGGUGAAGGUGUUGGGAAGGCAGAGUGCUCUCUUCUUUUCUAGUUGGUCCAUCGACAGCAUCCAGAACAGUGUUGUGUCCAUGGUAGAUGCAUCCCUCCCCUAAAGUCUAUCAGAGUUCCGUAAAGAACUCAAAGCACAUUAAACACGUUGUCAUUUCUUGGACCCUAAAUAGAUCUCUGUAACAGUGCACAAAAUGAUGGCGGAGUAAAGGCUAGCAGCCCAGGGACCUAUGAAAUCCAGUGGUUUUUCAUUAAUUCCUCAUCCCCUCCUUUGUUAGUUGAAACAUUCUUCUUUGGUCUAAAAAUCAGCUAACAACCAUAUGCAAAAAGCUUAUAAACAAACACCCACUUGAACCAUCUGGUCUUGUAACACAUACAAGUGAUUAAGCUUCAGAGCUAUGAUUGUUAAAUUUUUAAAAACACAACAAUCCCAAACACCCCUAAAUAGACUCCUUAUACAAGUUUAUAGGGAAGAAAACGUCUGAUGGUUUACAUAGUAAAUAAUAUGGAGAGAUUAAUAUGAUUUUUAAAUUUCUCUACUUCUCUCUCUCCCUUUCUUUCUUUCUUCAUCAUGAGUGUUAUAGAAAGAGAAAGGCUUAAGAUACAAACAUAAGGACUAAUAAUACAUUUAUAGUUCCAGUAUUUUGAGUCUAAAAUGUUAGCAACCUAGAAUGAUUCCUUAUCGUCACCUUCUUUAUUAAUUUUGCCCUUGACAUUUUGACAUAAAGAGAAACAUGCUUGCUGGAAUGUAUGUGUGUGCAUGUGCGACACAAGGGGGUGUCUUAGUUCCUUCUAGAAUAUCUUAAGCAAUUCGGGCUAUUUGCAAAUAAUGAAUUCAUACUUUUUGUCUGUAAUGACUGAAGAAAGUCAGGUCAGGGGGAAAUUAAAUAUGUUAAGAGCUCUCAUUUUAAUUGUAUAAUAUCAAUACUGUCUUUAUAGUUAAUUUCCUUGACAAGUCGUAGGGCAUAUGGAUUGGAUUCUUCAUAUAUUUCUAACGUGGAAAUGAUUCUAAAUUGGAACAUUUCAUUUAGGUGACAUCACUAAAGUGAAAAAAAGUCAGCUGCACCCUGUAUCCCAAGCAUAUGGAAAUAACACAGCUUUCCAGCUGAUGACCGUUGAAAUGAACAACACACAGAACCAAAAACUCUCAAGUGAAAUAAAAACUCUGAGAAAUCAAUGUCAUAGGAGGUCCUCUGUUUCUAUCUUCUCCAUCUUGACCAAUCCUCAUUCCUAAAUUUAUCAUAUCAGAUGGAGGGAAGAAAGACAAUAAUUGAAAGAGGAGGAGAAAGAGUGUUUAGUUACAGUAAUGGUGACUGGCAUAUCAAAAAACCCUCAAAUAUUAAAUGGUUCAAACAUAAUAAAAAUUUAUUUUUUCUGGCAUAUAAAGUCCAAGGGGGUAUUCCUGAUUGGGAUGACUCUCUUUCAAGUGGGGAUUCAAAGACUGAGUUCCUUCUAACCUCUUGCUGUCUGACUUCAAUGGAUGGCAUUCAAGGUUGCCCAUAUCAUUGGCAAAAGGCUGUGUGGAGGGAAAUGGGACUGAAUACUGUGUGUGGGAGGGUCUUAUGGACCAAGUAUGGAGAGGCUUCUAUCACUUCUCUUUCUGCGUGGAAGAAAACUCAAUCACAUGACCAUACCUAUUUGCAAGGGUGGCUGGGGAUUAUUAUUUAGCUAUGUGCCAAGGACCAAGAGGAGAGGAGUUUGGUGAACUGCUGGCUAGUCUCCACCAGAAAGGGAAAAGAGAAGAAAAAGAUGGGUGUUGAUGCAAUACACUCUCUAGUACUUUUUCUUUGCUAAGAAGGAAACAAAAUUAAAGCCUUUUUCAGUGGUGUGCUGGUAAACUGUCUCUCUGGGGGUAAAAGAAAAAAAAAGCACUUGAUAUGUAGUGCUUGCCAAUUUCCUUGGUGUAAAUACUCCCACUGUGUCUGAUUGCAAGCUGCCAACAAGAAGUUUUAGCAAGCUGCAACAAGCCACUCUAGCACUGUAUUUUACUGAUGAAUUCUGAGAAAACACAUCUGAGGCAGCUUAUUGUGGGAAGGAAGUGAGCAUGCAUUUUCCGCUUCAUAUUUGACACAAGAUUCACUUCAGAAUGGAAUUAUCAUCUAAAACACCCUCGAUAUGAUGUAUUCAUGUCAAGAACAGAUGGGGGUAUUCACAUCUUUGAGUCAGAGAAAAAUAGCACCAAGGACAUGAUGAGUCAAGGCUGCCCAUCUGUACUGAAUCCUGGGUCACUCUAUGGCAAAAUUUCAAGCUUCUAGAACAACUUUCCAAGGAGUGUACCAAGAAGUCAGAUGUCACUUCUGGAAUUUCGUAUGACUGUUCCCGUAACUGUUUUCCAAAAAGGGGGAAAGAUUUGGAGAUGGAAUGGAUAAUGGUGAUGAGAGAGGAGAGAUGCCAAGGAUGAUUCCUUUGUGUAUGUCUGUACAAUGAGUUGGAUGGUGAGAGAAGCAAAGAAGUGAUCUGAGCCGGUCUGUUUUAAGAAAACAACUCUGAAAUUCAAAUCGAUGCUCAGAUCUCAAGUGGCUAAUUAAUUAAGAUUGUUAUUAACAGACCAAUAGCUGUAUAUCCUUCUGAAAUUUCCACUAUUGUUUGUCUACUUUCGCUGUCCAAAGAAUCAGGCCAUGUAACGAUCAGUUUGAUUCACUCUUACCAUUCUGCUUGAUCCACGCAGAUGUCGUCCUCUUGAAUCAGUUCCCUGGUCCACAUGGACAAUCAAGACAUGUGAUGCACUAAGCUUCAGCCCAGUGGUUUUUGCUUUGUGUGAGUUUGUUCCAGGUGUUACAGUGUUUCAAGUGCAAAGAUGUAACAUCCCUUGAACUGAUGGUGUAGCCUGAGUCUACAUUGUAAAGGCUCGGGGUUUCAUAUUAGAUUUGCCUCAACAAAGGAAGCCUCAUGUUACAUCUUUUAAAUAAUUGAUGGCUCUCAGUCCAAGCCAGCUUGAAGGAAAUUCUGAAAAUAGAGCUGACAAUUUACUUGUUCAUCAAUGAAACAACAUUAAACUAUGAAGAUGUAAAGGAAAAACCCUACGCUAACGUUGCAGUUUGAAAGGCUUCUCUGCAGAAUGUCAAACAAAGAUCGGCACAUUGAUUCCAGCUGUUCGUCCUUCAUCAAGACGGAACCCUCCAGCCCGGCCUCCCUGACGGACAGCGUCAACCACCACAGCCCAGGUGGCUCCUCAGACGCCAGCGGGAGCUACAGUUCAACCAUGAAUGGCCAUCAGAACGGACUUGACUCGCCACCUCUCUACCCUUCUGCUCCUAUCCUAGGAGGUAGUGGGCCUGUCAGGAAACUGUAUGAUGACUGCUCCAGCACCAUUGUUGAAGAUCCCCAGACCAAAUGUGAAUACAUGCUCAACUCGAUGCCGAAGAGACUGUGUUUAGUGUGUGGCGACAUCGCUUCUGGGUACCACUAUGGGGUAGCGUCGUGUGAAGCCUGCAAGGCAUUCUUCAAGAGGACGAUUCAAGGUAAUAUAGAAUAUAGCUGCCCUGCCACGAAUGAGUGCGAAAUCACGAAGCGCAGACGUAAAUCCUGCCAGGCUUGCCGCUUCAUGAAGUGUUUGAAAGUGGGCAUGCUGAAAGAAGGCGUGCGUCUUGACAGAGUACGUGGAGGUCGGCAGAAGUACAAGCGCAGAAUAGAUGCGGAGAACAGCCCAUACCUGAACCCGCAGCUGGUUCAGCCAGCCAAAAAGCCAUUGCUCUGGUCUCAUCCUGCAGAUAACAAGAUCGUCUCACAUUUGUUGGUGGCUGAACCGGAGAAGAUCUAUGCCAUGCCUGACCCUACCGUCCCAGACAGUGACAUCAAAGCCCUCACUACACUGUGCGACCUGGCCGACCGAGAGUUGGUGGUUAUCAUUGGAUGGGCGAAGCAUAUUCCAGGCUUCUCCACGCUGUCCCUGGCGGACCAAAUGAGCCUUCUGCAGAGCGCUUGGAUGGAAAUUUUAAUCCUUGGUGUCGUAUACCGGUCUCUUUCAUUUGAGGAUGAACUUGUCUAUGCAGACGAUUAUAUAAUGGAUGAAGACCAGUCCAAAUUAGCAGGCCUUCUUGACCUAAAUAAUGCUAUCCUGCAGCUGGUAAAGAAAUACAAGAGCAUGAAGCUGGAGAAAGAAGAAUUUGUCACCCUCAAAGCGAUAGCUCUUGCUAAUUCAGACUCCAUGCACAUAGAAGAUGUCGAAGCCGUCCAGAAGCUUCAGGAUGUCUUACAUGAGGCCCUGCAGGAUUAUGAGGCUGGCCAGCACAUGGAAGACCCUCGCAGGGCUGGCAAGAUGCUGAUGACUCUGCCACUGCUGAGACAGACCUCUACGAAGGCCGUGCAGCAUUUCUACAACAUCAAACUCGAAGGCAAAGUCCCUAUGCACAAACUUUUUUUGGAAAUGCUGGAGGCCAAGGUCUGACUAAAAGCUUCCUGGGCCUUCCUAUCCUGCACGCUGAAAAAGGGAAACUAAACCCAAGGAUGAUGUCGAAGAAACUUAGCGUUUAGUUAACAACAUCAGAAAUCAACAAAGACUGCACUGAUAAAUUAGCAGCAAGACUAUGAAGCAGCUUUUAGAUUCCUCCAGAUCCUCCUUAUGCAUUUCUUUUUACCUUAUCGCAUCUUCUUUUCUCCUUUUGUUUUCUCAUUCUUUUCCUUUUUGUUUUUUUUCCCUCCCUCCCUUAUUCCUUCUCUCCCUCAUUUCUUGGCUUCCUCCAUUACCAGUUGCCUCUCUCCCUCCUUUCUUUUCUUCCUUCCUUCCUUCCUUUCUCUCCUCUUUGCAUCUCUUCUCUCCUCCAUCUUUUUGCCUCCUCUCCCUUUCUUCUAAAUUUUAAAUAGCUCUAGUUGUAAGAAAAUUUCUCGUCCUUGCCUUUUCUUUCUUUGCUCUUACUCCUUCCUCCCUUCCUUCCUUCCUUCUGCUGCUGAACUUCUAAAAGAGGUCUCUGAUUGAAGAGAAAUGGAAGCCAGCCCUGCCAAAGGAUGGAGAUCCAGAAUAUGGAUACCAGUGAACUUAUUGUGAACCAUCACGUCCCCAGUGACUAAGGAAUCAAAGAGAGAGAACCAACAGACCUAAAAGUACAGUGCAACAUAACGAAAUGACUGAGUGCAGUAUUAGGUUUCAUGGGAGCGGCCUCUAAUUAGACAACCUAAGCCACGUUGCAUCGGCUGCUUCUUAUCAUUGCUUUUCCAUCUAGAUCAGUUACAGCCAUUUGAUUCCUUAAUUGUUUUUUCAAGUCUUCCAGGUAUUUGUUAGUUUAGCUACUAUGUAACUUUUUCAGGGAAUAGUUUAAGCUUUAUUCAUUCAUGCAAUACUAAAGAGAAAAAAAGAAUACUGCAAUUUUGUGCUGGCUUUGAACAAUUAUGAACAAUCAUGAAGGACAAAUGAAUCCCGAAGGAAGAUUUUUAAAAAUGUUUUGUUUCUUCUUACAAAUGGAGAUUUUUUUGUACCAGCUUUACCACUUUUCAGCCAUUUAUUAAUAUGGGAAUUUAACUUACUCAAGCAAUAGUAGAAGGGAAGGUGCAUAUUAUCACGGAUGCAAUUUAUGUUGUGUGCCAGUCUGGUCCCAAACAUCAAUUUCUUAACAUGAGCUCCAGUUUCCCUAAAUGUUCACUGACACAAAGGAUUAGAUUACACUCAUAGUGACUCCGAGUAGUCACGUCUGUCAGUUCUGCACAUGGAAUACAGAUCCAUAGAAUUAUCAGGAAUGCAUCUCUUUUCCUGGAAGGUACAGUUGCCAUAUGAUUUCUAGCUGCCACCGUGGUUAGGAAUGAGAUACUGCCUGUUUGCAAAGUCCCAUACCUUGUCCCAGAAGGAGCUGUGAGCCAGUCUAAGAGGCAAUAAGGCAAAUGCCAGAAUUUGGGGAAAAACAAAAAAAGUCAUCAAAGACAGCAGACGCCUGACCAAAUUCUAAAACCUAAUCUAUGAGUUUAUUCAUUUAGGAAUGUUUGUUUAAAUUAAUCUGCAGUUUUUACCAAGAGCUAAGCCAAUGUAUGUGCUUUUCCACAAGUAUUGUCACAGCAAGAAAGUCAGUCAGGUUCCAGACUGUUAAGAGGUGUAAUCUAAUGAAGAAAUCAAUUAGAUGCCCCCGAAAUCUACAGUCGCUGAAUAACCAAUAAACAGUAACCUCCAUCAAAUGCUAUACCAAUGGACCAGUGUUAGUAGCUGCUCCCUGUACUAUGUGAACAGUCUUAUUCUAUGUACACAGAUGUAAUUAAAAUUGUAAUCCUAACAAACAAAAGAAAUGUAGUUCAGCUUUUCAAUGUUUCAUGUUUGCUGUGCUUUUCUGAAUUUUAUGUUGCAUUCAGAGACUGUUGUCUUGUUCUUCUUGUGGUGUUUGGAUUCUUGUGGUGUGUGCUUUUAGACACAGGGUAGUAUUAGAGACAAUAUUGGAUGUACAAUUCCUCAGGAGACUACAGUAGUAUAUUCUAUUCCUUAUCCGUAAUAAGGUUCUUCCUAAUAAUAAUUAAGAGAUUGAAACUCCAAACAAGUACUCAUUAUGAACAGAUACACAUCAAAAUCAUAAUAAUAUUUUCAAAACAAGGAAUAAUUUCUCUAAUGGUUUAUUAUAGAAUAUCAAUGUAUAGCUUAGAAAUAAAACUUUGAAUAUUUCAAGAAUAUAGAUAAGUCUAAUUUUUAAAUGCUGUAUAUAUGGCUUUCACUCAAUCAUCUCUCAGAUGUUGUUAUUAACUCGCUCUGUGUUGUUGCAAACUUUUUGGUGCGGACACAAACUAUUGCUACUUUGUGUGCUUUAAACAAAAUACCUUGGGUUGAUAUUUCAUCAACCUCGUGCUAGGAAUACUGUGUAUCUAUCAUUAGCUAUAUGGGACUAUAUCGUAGAUUGUGGUUUUCUCAGUAGAGAAGUGACUGUAGUGUGACACUAGAUAAAUCAUCAUUAGCUAUUCAUUCAGAUGGUCAAUAACUUGAAAUUUAUAGCUGUGAUAGGAGUUCAGAAAUUGGCACAUCCCUUUAAAAAGAACAACAGAAAAUACAACUCCUGGGAAAAAAAGGUGCUGAUUCUAUAAGAUUAUUUAUAUAUGUAAGUGUUUCAAAAGAUUAUUUUCCGGAAAGUUUGUGCAGGGUUUAAGUUGCUACUAUUCAACCACACUAUAUAUAAAUAAAGUAUAUACACUAGAUACACUGUUUUCACUGUAUCACAUUCAAGUACUUGGGCUUCAGAAGUAAGAGCCGGCCAACUGAAAACAAGAGAUGGAGAUAUAUGUGAGAAGAACGUAGUACAAUUUUUAGUUUUCAGUUUAAGUGACUCUCGGCAUGACAAAGAACAAGUCUCACAAAUAGGAAAUACAACUAAAAUGUAGGUCUAAAAGAAUUGCACGGGCUUUGGGGUAAAUGCUCAGUUUUAACCUUGCUUGAGGUCAGUUUUUUCAAGUUUCAAGCAAGACCAUUUACUUAAUGUGAAAUUUCGGAAAGUUACAAAGGUGUAUGUUUCAGCCAUAUGAUUUUAAUUCUUAUUUCGCUUCUUUUAGGUUUGUUCUUAUUUAAAGCAAUAUGAUCGUGUGACUCCCUGUAGUUACACUCGUGUUUCAAUCAGAUCAGAUUGUUGUAUUUAUUCCACUAUUUUGCAUUUAAAUGAUAACAUAAAAGAUAUAAAAAAUUUAAAACUGCUAUUUUUCUUAUAGAAGAGAAAAUGGGUGUUGGUGAUUGUAUUUUAAUUAUUUAAGCGUCUCUGUUUACCUGCCUAGGAAAACAUUUUAUGGCAGUCUUAUGUGCAAAGAUCGUAAAAGGACAAAAAAUUUAAACUGCUUAUAAUAAUCCAGGAGUUGCAUUAUAGCCAGUAGUAAAAAGAAUAAUAAUAAUAAUAAAACCAUGUCUAUAGCUGUAGAUGGACUUCACAUCUGUAAAGCAAUCAAUUGUAUAUUUUUGUGAUGUGUACCAUACUGUGUGCUCCAGCAAAUGUCCAUUUGUGUAAAUGUAUUUAUUUUAUAUUGUAUAUAUUGUUAAAUGCAAAAAGGAGAUAUGAUUCUGUAACUCCAAUCAAUUCAGAUGUGUAACUCAAAUUAUUAUGCCUUUCAGGAUGAUGGUAGAGCAAUAUUAAACAAGCUUCCACUUUUGA